UCCCGGUAGCGCUCGGAAUUGUGGGCGACUCGGCUAAUGGCGUCGGAGAGUUUUAGGGGCCUAGGGAGCUGGUGUUGAAGCUUCUUGCCAGCUUGGCUGGUGACACCCGGUGUGGCUGGGCCCGCGGCAGUGGAGAGACCUGUCCGCCUUGUGGGCUCCUCGGCCAGAGUCGGCGGAGCCUAGCUGGGCGGGGUGACUGCGGGGGCGCCUCCGAGAGAAGCCGGAGGUGUUGCGGGGAGGCUGCUGGGGGACGCUCGAGCAAGCUCCGGGUUCGCAGCCCAGGGCCCGGCGGAGCCCCUGCCGGGACCAAGAAGCGGGCUGCGGAAGGGCCAGAGACGCCGGGAGGGAGCUGCCGGUGGCCCAAAGGAGCUGACAGUGCCGGAGCUUAUUUGUACCUCUCCGAAAUUGGUUGGGAUCUUGGAGGAUCAUGUCCGGCACCAAUAGCCCCGAGGCGGUGAAGAAGCUGCUGGAGAAUAUGCAGAGCGACUUGCGCGCCUUGUCACUGGAGUGCAAGAAGAAAUUCCCACCUGUCAAGGAGGCCGCCGAAUCAGGAAUAAUAAAAGUUAAAACAAUAGCUGCACGAAACACCGAAAUUUUGGCAGCACUGAAAGAGAACAGCUCAGAGGUUGUACAGCCUUUUUUAAUGGGUUGUGGAACCAAGGAACCGAAGAUCACUCAGCUGUGUUUGGCUGCUAUUCAGAGACUCAUGUCACAUGAAGUCGUGUCUGAGACUGCAGCUGGAAAUAUAAUUAACAUGCUUUGGCAGCUAAUGGAAAAUAGUCUUGAAGAACUUAAGCUACUUCAAACAGUUCUUGUUCUUUUAACAACCAAUACCGUAGUUCACGAUGAGGCACUUUCUAAGGCAAUUGUUCUUUGUUUUCGACUACAUUUCACAAAAGAUAAUAUCACAAAUAAUACAGCUGCUGCUACAGUGCGACAAGUUGUUACUGUUGUUUUUGAGAGGAUGGUUGCUGAAGAUGAACGACACAGAGAUAUUGUAGAACAACCAGUACUGGUACAAGGAAAUAGUAACAGAAGAUCUGUCAGUACUCUCAAACCUUGUGCUAAAGAUGCAUAUAUGCUUUUCCAGGACCUUUGUCAGUUGGUUAAUGCUGAUGCUCCUUAUUGGCUAGUGGGCAUGACAGAAAUGACUCGGACGUUUGGCCUUGAAUUACUUGAGUCAGUCCUGAAUGAUUUUCCACAGGUCUUUUUACAACAUCAAGAAUUUAGUUUCCUCCUCAAAGAAAGGGUAUGUCCCCUUGUGAUAAAGCUCUUUUCUCCAAAUAUAAAGUUCAGACAAGGUUCCAGCACCUCAUCCUCUCCAGCACCAGUUGAAAAACCGUAUUUUCCCAUCUGCAUGCGUUUGCUGAGAGUAGUAUCUGUUCUGAUUAAGCAAUUUUACAGUCUUUUGGUAACUGAAUGUGAGAUAUUUCUGUCACUUCUGGUGAAAUUUCUGGAUGCAGAUAAACCACAGUGGCUACGAGCUGUUGCAGUGGAAUCAAUACACAGAUUUUGUGUGCAGCCCCAACUACUAAGAUCAUUUUGUCAGUCCUAUGAUAUGAAACAGCAUUCUACCAAGGUUUUUCGUGAUAUUGUAAAUGCACUGGGAUCUUUUAUACAGUCCUUGUUUCUUGUCCCCGCUACUGGAAAUCCUGCUACAAGCAACCAAGCUGGAAACAAUAAUUUAGGUGGCUCAGUCUCAGCACCAGCUAACUCAGGAAUGGUGGGGAUUGGUGGAGGUGUUACUUUGCUACCAGCAUUUGAAUAUAGGGGAACCUGGAUACCUAUUCUGACAAUCACAGUUCAAGGCAGUGCUAAAGCCACCUACUUAGAAAUGUUGGACAAAGUUGAGCCUCCAACUAUACCUGAAGGUUAUGCUAUGUCUGUGGCAUUCCAUUGUUUGCUAGACCUUGUUCGUGGAAUCACAAGUAUGAUUGAAGGAGAGUUAGGAGAGGUUGAAACAGAAUGUCAAACCACCACCGAAGAAGCUUCUUCACCAACACAGUCGUCAGAGCAUCAGGAUUUACAGUCUGCAUCAGACCAAAUGGAUAAGGAAAUUGUUAGUAGGGCUGUUUGGGAAGAAAUGGUGAACGCCUGCUGGUGUGGUCUUCUUGCUGCACUCUCACUCCUUCUGGAUGCCAGCACAGAUGAAGCUGCCACUGAGAAUAUUUUAAAAGCUGAACUGACUAUGGCUGCUCUUUGUGGAAGACUGGGCCUUGUGACUUCAAGAGAUGCCUUUAUAACUGCAAUAUGCAAAGGUUCCCUGCCUCCUCAUUAUGCUCUUACUGUAUUAAAUACUACCACUGCAGCUACACUUUCCAACAAAUCAUAUUCUGUUCAGGGCCAAAGUGUUAUGAUGAUAAGUCCAUCAAGUGAAUCUCAUCAGCAAGUUGUGGCAGUGGGUCAGCCUUUAGCAGUCCAGCCUCAAGGGACAGUAAUGCUGACUUCCAAAAAUAUCCAGUGUAUGAGGACUCUACUUAACUUGGCACAUUGCCAUGGGGCUGUUCUUGGAACAUCAUGGCAACUUGUCUUGGCAACUCUUCAGCAUCUUGUAUGGAUUCUGGGAUUAAAGCCUAGUAGUGGCGGUGCCUUGAAACCUGGGAGAGCUGUAGAAGGACCCAGUACAGUUCUAACAACAGCAGUGAUGACGGAUUUACCAGUGAUUUCCAAUAUACUUUCAAGAUUGUUUGAAAGCUCACAGUAUCUUGAUGACGUAUCACUGCAUCAUUUAAUAAAUGCGCUUUGCUCCUUGUCUCUAGAAGCAAUGGAUAUGGCCUACGGAAAUAAUAAGGAACCAUCUCUUUUUGCUGUUGCCAAAUUGUUAGAAACUGGUUUAGUUAAUAUGCACCGAAUAGAAAUUCUGUGGAGACCUCUGACUGGCCAUCUACUUGAGAAGGUCUGCCAGCAUCCAAACUCUCGAAUGAGAGAAUGGGGAGCAGAAGCUUUAACUUCCCUUAUUAAAGCAGGAUUAACGUUUAACCAUGAUCCUCCACUUUCACAAAACCAGAGGCUGCAGUUGCUUUUACUGAAUCCACUAAAGGAGAUGUCCAAUAUUAAUCAUCCAGAUAUUCGACUCAAGCAGUUAGAAUGUGUGUUGCAGAUUCUGCAGAGUCAGGGAGACAGUCUUGGGCCUGGAUGGCCAUUAGUGCUUGGAGUCAUGGGAGCAAUCAGAAAUGAUCAAGGAGAAUCCUUGAUACGAACUGCAUUCCAGUGUCUUCAGUUGGUUGUGACAGAUUUUCUGCCAACAAUGCCUUGUACUUGCCUACAAAUAGUUGUAGAUGUUGCAGGUAGCUUUGGUCUCCAUAACCAAGAACUUAAUAUUAGUUUAACUUCAAUAGGUUUAUUGUGGAAUAUUUCAGAUUAUUUUUUCCAACGAGGGGAAACUAUUGAAAAAGAACUAAAUAAGGAAGAGGCAUUACAGCAAAAGCAGGCAGAAGAGAAAGGAGUUGUUUUAAAUCGGCCUUUCCACCCUGCACCACCAUUUGAUUGCUUGUGGUUAUGUCUUUAUGCAAAACUGGGUGAACUAUGCGUGGAUCCUCGUCCUGCUGUCAGGAAGAGUGCAGGGCAAACUCUGUUUUCUACAAUUGGUGCACAUGGAACUUUAUUACAGCAUUCAACCUGGCACACUGUUAUUUGGAAGGUACUCUUUCAUCUACUGGACAGAGUUCGAGAGUCUUCUACCACUGCAGACAAAGAAAAGAUUGAGUCUGGAGGUGGCAAUAUUCUCAUUCAUCAUUCAAGGGACACAGCAGAAAAGCAGUGGGCUGAGACAUGGGUAUUAACGUUGGCUGGAGUAGCAAGAAUCUUCAACACUAGAAGAUAUUUGCUGCAACCUUUAGGAGAUUUUUCAAGAGCUUGGGAUGUUCUUCUUGACCAUAUACAAUCAGCAGCACUCAGCAAAAACAAUGAAGUGUCUCUGGCUGCUCUGAAAAGCUUCCAGGAAAUUUUACAGAUUGUGUCUCCUGCCAGAGACUUGGAUAAGCCUGAGACACCACCUGUAGUUAAUGUACCUGUGCCUGUUCUUAUAGGGCCCAUAUCAGGCCCUGGCAUGAGCAGGCCAUUUGUAAGAACAGAUUCCAUUGGAGAAAGACUUGGAAGAUAUAGUAGCUCUGAGCCACCCAUUGUUACUGAUGAGCUUGAAGAUUUGAAUCUAUGGUGGGCUGCGUGGAAUACCUGGUAUCGAAUUGGAUCUGAAAGUACUAAGCCUCCUAUUACUUUUGAUAAACUAACUUUUAUUCCUAGCCAGCCUUUUCUUACAGCUUUAAUUCAGAUAUUUCCAGCUCUCUACCAACACAUAAAAACUGGUUUCAACAUGGAUGACUUGCAAAAGUUGGGAGUCAUAUUGCACAGUGCUGUUUCAGUCCCGAUAAGUUCAGAUGCAUCCCCUUUUAUUCUUCCAUCUUAUACCGAAGCAGUUUUGACAAGUUUACAGGAAGCUGUACUUACAGCUUUAGAUGUUCUCCAAAAGGCCAUUUGUGUAGGACCAGAAAACAUGCAGAUAAUGUAUCCAGCUAUAUUUGACCAGUUGUUGGCAUUUGUAGAAUUUUCCUGUAAACCUCCACAGUAUGGACAGCUGGAAACAAAGCACAUUGCAAAUGCAAAAUAUAAUCAGAUCCAACUAUUUGCACCGGCGGAAUGGGUAGCCUUGAAUUAUGUGCCAUUUGCUGAAAGGUCUUUAGAAGUAGUUGUGGAUUUAUACCAAAAAACAGCGUGUCACAAAGCAGUGGUGAAUGAGAAAGUGCUCCAGAAUAUUAUUAAGACUCUUAGGGUUCCUCUCAGUUUGAAGUAUUCCUGCCCUUCUGAAAGCACAUGGAAACUAGCAGUAUCCUCUCUCCUCAAGGUUCUUUCUAUUGGGCUACCUGUUGCCCGGCAGCAUGCUUCUUCUGGAAAAUUUGACAGUAUGUGGCCAGAACUAGCGAAUACUUUUGAAGAUUUUCUCUUUACUAAAAGCAUACCUCCAGAUAACCUCUCUAUUCAAGAGUUUCAAAGAAAUGAAAAUAUUGAUGUUGAGGUAGUUCAGCUUAUCAGCACUGAGAUACUACCUUAUGCCAAUUUUAUUCCUAAGGAAUUUGUUGGUCAGAUAAUGACAAUGCUUAACAAGGGCUCAAUACAUUCUCAGUCAUCUUCAUUUACAGAAGCAGAGAUUGAUAUUCGUUUGAGAGAAGAAUUUUCUAAAAUGUGUUUCGAAACAUUGCUUCAGUUUUCCUUCAGUAAUAAAGUCACAACACCUCAAGAAGGCUACAUCUCACGAAUGGCACUCUCAGUGCUUUUAAAGAGGUCCCAAGAUGUACUACGUCGCUAUAUAGAGGAUGAAAGAUUAAGUGGUAAAUGCCCUCUUCCAAGGCAACAAGUAACAGAAAUUAUAUUUGUUUUAAAAGCAGUCAGUACUCUUAUUGAUUCACUUAAGAAAACUCAGCCUGAGAAUGUUGAUGGAAAUACCUGGGCACAAGUAAUUGCCUUAUACCCAACUUUAGUAGAAUGCAUCACCUGCUCUUCUUCAGAAGUCUGCUCUGCACUUAAAGAAGCACUAGUUCCCUUUAAGGAUUUCAUGCAACCACCAGCAUCCAGAGUUCAAAAUGGAGAAUCUUGACCAGCUACAGUAUAUUUGAAAGAAGAAAGAUAUUCUAAAAAAUGUUUGCUCCUAACUGAAUCUUCUGUGAGAAGGACAUUUCUUACCACAAAUAAUUCUUGGCAGCUGUUGUUGGCCUUCUUUAGAUUCUACUCACCCAAGUUCAGUAAUUCAUAUUACAAGCUUGCACAUCUAACAAAGGCCCCUGAAUGAGUAGCAGUGCAAGCCUUUAAUAAAUUAAACUGAUGGGAUGGAUAAUUAAUACUACAGUAUACAUGCUACCGUAUCUCCAGUUGGUGAUUUAAAGUGAGCUUAUGUACAGUUUGUGGUGUAUCUGUUAAUGAUGUACUUUUUAAAAAGAAAGAAGAGAUACUUCAGUCAGAUUUAUUAGGCUGGUGUUUUUGCAACCUUUUUCAAGUACAAAAUCGUACUAGAAUUUUAUGCAAGAUGGUACUGUAACAUUCCAUAUUAUCUAUAACCAGCCUUUAUUAACAAAGGGAAUUGAUAUACUUGUGUGUAUAAUAAAUGGUACAGUUCUGUAUAAAAUAGUUGCAUUUAUUUAAAUUUUAAAAGUAUUGAUAAUGUUAAAUGCUUAAAGCUCUAUUUAUUAUUAAUACAAAAUUGUUUGCUUAUGUUUUUACUUAUAAUUUGCCUUCUUAUGUGGCAGAUAAGCUCACUAUAUGAUCAUGCAGUUAGCCUCAUGCUUAUUUUAAAUGUAUAUUAGUGACCAUUAAACAUCUGACCAGUAAGGUCAUGUGAACACAGCAGCAAAUAGUUUAUGAUUUGCUGGUUUUGCAACUUCGAAAUAUAGGUUAUUAAUACAUUGAUAUAUAUUGUAGCACUUUGACUUCAUCAUACCUCAUUUCUUUAAACAGCUCUCCAAGCUUUCACUGAAGUCUGUCUGAUUUUUAUAUUUGCUGUCUGAAUUUUAAAGACUUUUCAUAUUUUAUAUUUCUACUGAUUUUGUUUCCCCUGACAACAUUUGUCACUGUCUUUGAAUUACGACCCAGGCAAGAUGAUUUCAGAUUUUCUAAAAUUUUGCCUGUGAGGUUUUGUUCAUUUCAGUGCUUCAUUUUGUAAUGUCUUCUCAAGAAGAAAAAUACCUAUGUUAACUCACAAGUAUAAAAUGUGUGUGUAUAUAAAACAAUGAAAAGUGUAUUUUUGGAGAUAGUCAAGCAUUUAGAAGUGCAGUGAACUUGCUGUAAUGGAGUAAAAUGCUAAUUAUGUUUCACUUCCUAUCCUAGUGAAAAAGAAAAGUGCUCUUGAGUACAAUAACUUAAUUAUUUCUUAAAAUACUGACUUUGACCUAGCUCACUGUAUUUUUUAUUUAAUGGAUUACAAUAUUUUUCUUCUGAGUUAAAUUUUCAUAAUUUAUGUGAAGACACAAAGAUGUUUAAAACAAUGAUUAUUCAUAAGAAAUCAUAAUGGUGUUGGUAUUAUUUUAGUGUAUUGGAAGGCUUUUGAUUUUAAUAGAAUUUAUUAAUUUGAGCUUCUCCAUAAUAAUCAUAAAACUGCAAAAAGAUAUUAGAAUUGAGUCAUGAAUGAGAUACAGUUUUGAGGCUAUUAUAAUUGUGUAAUUAUUUAAUUUGCACUAUUAUCUGUAAAAAUGUGGUAAGGUCUUCAUUUGAGGGGAUUUUUUUAUUUACAUGAGUUAAUGAAUUUCUAUUAUUUCACCUAAAAUUAAGGUAAAAUGUGGCAUUUCAUAAGUUCUGCUUUCAGCAUUUUCCUUAAAUUUGUAAAAAGUAAUCAUUCAAGCUGUGUACUUAUUUUCUAUCUUUGGGUAUGUUAAAUUGAGGAUUAGAAAAAUCCACAUAAUCACUGAUAAAGCAUUGAAACAGAAUAACCCAAGGGUAGUGUACCAAUUCAGUAACAUGUUAAAAAUAUUGCCAUGCAUUUAUUCAAAGGAAAAUGGUCUAUUCUUGAGAAGUAACAGAUCAGUUGCAAUUAGGAUAAUUAAAUAGUUAAAUGUGAGUCAAGUGUAUGCAAUAUGCAUUUAUAUGAGCAGAGUAAUUUGAGCUAAUACUGCAUUAGCAUUCUUUAUCAGGACCAUGCCCUGCAGUUCAAAACAUAAACAUAGUGAAUGUGUUAUUGCCAUGUAAUAAGGUAAUCAAUGCCAGUCUUAGUGUGGAGCAACUGGGUGGCCCUCUUGGUAGUAUAAUUUGACAGACUUUUCCUCCAGAAUAUUUCCGGUUACCCUCCAAGAGUCACUUCUGUAAUUCAUUCCCUUGAGUCAAACAUUCCUUUAGGUUGCAUUUUCUAAAAUAUUCUGAUUGCUGGUAUGGAACACAUUGCCCUUGUCUUGUUAGUACAAAUUGGGUUCUUUAGUGACCAGAAGAACUGGAGUGUGUGAAAUUACUAGAUAGCAGGAGAUUCAAAAAGAAAGCUCUCAAAGAUAAGAUUAUUUUAUAGCACGAUUGAUUCUAUAACCAGCCCUUGAAACAGAAGUAAAAAUGUCCUUUGGGAUACUUACUAGAAAUACUAUGAGGUGUUUUUUUUUUUUUUUUUUUUCGAUUUAGAUGGAGUUUCGCUUUGUCGCCCAGGUUGGAGUGCAGUGGCAUGAUCUUGGCUCACUGUAACCUCCAUCUACCAGGAUCAGGUGAUUCUCGUGCCACAGACUCCUGAGUAGCUGGGAUUACAGACAUAUGCCACCAUGCCUGGCUAAUUUUUUUGUAAUUUUAGUAGAGAUGGGUUUUCACCAUGUUGGCCAAGCUAGUUUUGAACGCCUGACCUCAGGUGAUCUGCCCGCCUUGGCCUCCCAGAGUGCUGGCAUUACAGGCAUAAGCCACCACGCCUAGCCAAGAGAGUUUUAAGCCUUAUGUCGUCACUUGUUGUCACUGACAGUGCCUGUCUUAUACAACAAGUAUAUGCCAACAAUUGUAUGAUUCAUAAAGCAUUUUUCUGACCAUUUUGUCCAUUAUAAAGGAAUUAAGCUAAUUGUUAACUUGCACAGAUUACUUCUUAAGUUUCCUAUAAUGCUACCACUGCCAAGGGAAAAAAAUACAUCAUUUUGUAAUGUCUUUAGUAUUUCUUUAUAACUAGUGUUAAGGUUUUGUCAAUUUUACUGUAUACAUUUGUAACAUGUAUUUAUUAGAAGCCUUUUAGGUUCCAAAACAAAAGGCAUAAAGUCUGGCUUAGAGAGAACCACUUUUCACUUGCUUUCAUUUUUAAUUUUAUUCACUUAACAGCUAACAUCUCUCUUGUUUCUUGUUUUUUCUGUAUAUGGUUAUCAAUUCAACUCUUUUUAUACUUCUUAAAUUUGUAUGUAUCAUCAGAAGACAGAGAUGAACAAUUUGGUAUAGAUGUUUUAUUCUGGAGAAUAAUAUUCAGUUAAAUUAUUUCUACAGUAGGCCAAUAAUAACUAGAUUAUUUGUCCUUUCUCAAUAUAUUUUAAAAAGUAUUUUGUUUUAUUGUCAAAAUUUGGUACCAGGUAACCAUUGGGCCAAAGGAACAUCAGUUCUGAAACUAAGGAUGAGUUAGCAUAAGUUAUGGAACAAUGUUAGAAAAUAACUCAAAAGUAUAUUCUUUAUUAAUGAGGUGAUCAUUAUUACAUUUGUGUCAGUUAAGGGCAGUUAUUUUAUAAUGUCUAGUAUUUUCUCCCCAAAUGUGUAACAAUUCAGAUGGGCAACCAAGUUUUCAAGAGACUGCUCUAGGUGAAGUCUGUGUAGCCAAGGCAGAACACUUACAGGAGCCCCUAACUGUGCCACCCUUGGAAUGGAGGCAGUGUAUAGGCCCAGAAUAUUGUGGAUUACAGUUUUUCGUAGAAAACUGCCAGAGAUGUAGACAGAAAUGGUCUCUGAAACCAUUGCCAGCAGCCGGUUAUGUUCGUUAGAUUUCCACUUAGGUUUGGCAUUUUGGCAGAUAAUGCUGAUCUUGUAUAAGGUGUCACAUUUUACUAUGCUUAGUGUUUCUGGGUUGUAUUUAUCUACAUUAUUAGAGAGAAUUUUGCUUUAAAAAAAUUAUAAGAAGAAUGGGAGUUCAUACCACAUAGUAUUUUACCAAUUUAUAUAAAGUGGGAAAAGUCUUUAAUACUUCAUGAUCACUUGAAUUAAAUUUUUUGUAUCUCUGGA